AUGGACGACUACGAGAACGAAGUGCUCCUGCAGGCACUGGAGAUAGAGUUAGAAGCCGAAGAAGAAGAAGAAGAAGAAGAAGAAACACGCCUGAUUACGGCAGUUGGUCUGCUCCUAUGGGGAGCAGAGCAAUCACGGCUUCUGCGCAAUGAGAGGCGGCUUGAGCACCGGCUUUAUCUUGUUCGCGCAGAUCUCUUGCCAAAUCCUCGUGCUGAUACACCAUGGCAAGUCCUCUAUGCUGGCAUGAAUAGACGGGCCUACAUCACUACAAUGGGUGUGGAUGUCGAAACCUUUGACUACAUCCUUGCUUCCGGCUUUGGUAGCAAGUGGAAUGCCCUCCCAAUUCCCCGAGAUGACACCAAUCAGCAAGGCCGGGCACGACUUGGCCGUCGUUCACUUGAUGCUGCGGGAGCACUUGGCCUGGUCCUCCACUACCUGAACUCUACUAUGCGGGAAACAAGUCUCAUGCAGAUCUUCGCACUCAUUCCCUCUACAGUCUCACGGUAUAUCAGAUUUGCAAUGCGAAUCCUUCUACGCACGCUUCGCCAUCUUCCCGAAGCAGCAAUUGUCUGGCCACAGGGAGAUCAGUUCUUUAUCUUGAACGAUGCAGUUGUGGAGCAUCACCCACUUCUGACUGGUGCAUUUGGAGUCAUGGAUGGUGUCAACAUCCCCGUGCAGACUGCCGAUGAUGAUGAGAUUGAGAAUGCAACAUAUAAUGGAUGGUUGCAUGACCAUUUUGUCAGCAGUGUCUUUGCCUUUGGACCUGAUGGGACUAUUCUCAUGUGUAGGAUCAAUGCACCUGGAAGCUGGCAUGAUUCUCGUGUUGCCCAGCCCAUUUAUCAAUUCCUUCGCACAGAAACACCCGACGGGUUUUAUCUUGUGGCUGACACAGCAUUUCCGAGGGGAACUGAGCAGAUUGCAGGUCGGAUCAAAACCCCAAUGAAGUCUGGGCAGCGCCUUCCACACAAUGAAGCAGAACGCCAGCAGGUUCUCGCAUUUGAUGCUCAACUUGUAUCCUUUCGACAGGCUGCCGAAUGGGGCAUGCGGACGUUGCAAGGUUCCUUUGGCCGACUUCGCAUUCCACUCAACAUUGGUUCAGGAACUGAUCGAGCAGACUUGCUUGAGGUUUGUGCACGAUUAAGUAAUGUGCGUGCUCGUCUUGUGGGGAUUAAUCAGAUACGGUCAGUAUAUAUGCCAAUUUGGAAGAAAACGGAGCAGGAGAGGGUUUGGAGGGAUUUUGAACAUAUGUUGUUUGGUGAGCAACGCCGACUUGAUCGUGUUGCUCGGUUUCAUCAUGUAUAA